GGUGGAAAAGACGCUGAGAUAGAAAUGAUUGAAUAAUUGAUUUAAUUCUAAUCAAUCAAACUGAUUGAUCCAGUGUUUGACUCAAAGUGAUUCAAACUUUAUUUUCCAGUUUGUGUGUGUUAGCUGAACCUGCGCUGAGGUUGUGUGUGAUCUAUGUGCUGUAUGUCUGUCCGUCUGACAGUCUGAGGCUCAGACCGAGGAUCAGUGUGCGGGCUGUCCGGGUUCCUUCAGCAGCUUCGGACUGGACUUGAACCUGAGACCUGGUCGUGUUCUAGUCCCGAGGAGGACUGGUCUUCCUGCUGGUCCUGGUUUUUCUCACACUGUUCUGCUGGUCUGAACAUGUCCCUGUUCCUGCUGCUGUGAUUCCGCAUCUCAGAUUUUGAUCCUCAGUCCGGUCUCUGCUCGUUAAAACCUCCCUGUCUCUGGAGAAAUGUCAGCUGUCAGCCCGGACCAGAUCCAGACCGGGGAGCAGAACCGAACCGGGGCCGAGCCGGAGCAGCAGGACACCGGGAUCCUGCAGCCGCAGACCGUGUUCGUCAUCCUGGACUCGGCUGAAACACUCAAUCUGGUCCGGGUGGAGUCUGGGAUCGUCGCUGACAUCGAGGUGGACAGUUUGCUGCCCUCAGGCUGCGACACCUUCUACCAGAUCAAGAGUCAGCCAAUCAGCAUCAGUUCGUCAGCAGCAGCUUCCUCCUCUUCCUCCUCGUCAUCCUCUCUGCCAUCAGUCAUGUCGUCCAGGGUUUUGAUGCGUCAGGACCUGAUGCGUCAGCAGGCUCUGGAGGAGGAGCAGAAGGAGGCGCAGCAGCAGCUCCUCCGCUCAGCCGACUCCUCUUCCCCCAUCUCUGUGUCUGUGUCGUCCUCCUGCAGACCUCCUGCUCAGGUCCCUGUGGAGGUGCUCAAGGUGCAGACUCACCUGGAGAACCCCACCAGGUAUCACAUCCAGCAGGCUCAGAGGCAGCAGGUGCGUCAGUACCUCUCCACCAAGACAGCCAAUCAGGAGCCAGCUGGACCAUCGCCAAGCCACUCCCCCCAGCUAGGCUCCGCCCCCGGACUACAGCCAUCAGACGGCAAACAGGAAAUGGAGGAGACUGUCAUUGAUGACAUCAUCAGCCUGGAGUCAAGUCUGAAUGAUGAAUUUCUGACACUGAUCGACUCUGGACUGCAGCUCGCCAACACGCUGCCAGUGUCAGGGACCAUGCUGGACAUGUACGGUGGCAGCGGAGGGAUGGCCACGCCCACCAUCACCGUUAGCAACAGCUGCCCGGCCGAGCUGCACGCCGUCAAGAGAGAGCUGAGCGAUGUGGAAACUAAAGCUCUGAUCAAAGAGAGACAGAAGAAGGACAACCACAACCUCAUCGAGAGGAGGAGGAGGUUCAACAUCAACGAUCGGAUCAAAGAACUCGGAGCACUCAUCCCCAAAUCCACCGACCUGGAGAUGAGGUGGAACAAAGGGACGAUCCUGAAGGCGUCGGUGGAUUACAUUCGCAAAUUGCAGAAAGAACAGCAGAGAGCCCGAGAGAUGGAGGAGAGACAGAGGAGGCUGGAGAACACCAACCGCUCCCUGCUGCUCCGCAUUCAGGAGCUGGAGCUUCAGGCUCGUUUCCAUGGCCUCUCCUCCUCCUCCUCACCUCCUCCCACCUCCUCCUCCUCCUCUCUGGACCCCCAAACCCUGCUCUCCCCCACAUUGCCUCACCCCUUCUCCUCCUCCUCCCCCUCCCUAGCGACUCCCUCCCUGGGCCUGGACGCCCUGAGCUUCGUGGAGCUGGAUGAGCCUCGGGGAGCCUCCACCGUCUUCUCCCCGGACCUGAUGUCCGAUGUGGGGCUGACGGAGCUUCACGUCCUGGGAGACAUCCUGAUGGAGGCGGAGGGAGGAGGGGGAGGAGGAGUGAUGUCCGAUCCCCUGCUGUCCUGCGGAGCCUCAAAGACCAGCAGCCGGAGGAGCAGCUUCAGCAUGGACGAGGACCUCUGAUGACAUCACCACAGGGAGGAGGCGGGACUCUGACCUCUGAUGACAUCAUUACAGGCAGGAGGCGGGACUCUGACCUCUGAUGACAUCAUCACAGGCAGGAGGCGGGACUUGGAGGAGCCAGGAGUGUUUUGUUGUUUUUUUUAAUCAUUUCAUGGAAAUAUUUGUAAUCUGUGACAUCAUCAAAACAAACAACUCACAAAAGUGAUGUCACAGGGGACAACUGUCACCAUGGUAACCGCAGAAUCAUCACCCAUAACCAAGACAACUGCUUUCUCCUACAGUGUAACCAUGGUAACGGUUAUGUCCCUGUGUGUAACAGCAGUAAAAACUGUGUCAUCUGUUGUCACCACGGUAACCACUAAGUUCUCCAGGGUCACCAUGGUAACAGCUGUGUUCAAUAACUCUCAAUCAGUUCAGUGAAAAUGAAAAAUCAGUUUUAGAUUUUCAGUUUUUUUAAAUCCGAAUUUGUUUUAGUGCCGAAAGAAAAAGAUCUGAGUUAUUUUCAGGAUAAAAGCAGUUCAUCAUCAGCGAAGAAUUGUUGUUUUAAUUUUAAUGUUUCUGCAGCAAUGAAGAAAAAACAAGAACAAUUGUUUCCUUUGAUGUCACAAAAGAUUCUCAUCCAGAAUUUUUCACAGUUGGUCUUAAAUCUCAACCAAACCUCCUCUCAUUGGCUGGGCUGAAUCAGCGUUUGACCAAUCAGUGACCUGCAGAACUGUCAGCUGUGUCCUGAUUGGUCCUGGUCCUUGAGACUCUGCUGGGUCCUAAUGUCCUCCAGAUGGUGUGGACGACCUCUCCCACCUGGGACAGAAAAGAAACUGAAGAACAGGAGGAAAAACUAAACAUAAAAUUUGUUGAAAAUCAUCCAAAUCCCUGAUGAAGUAUUUUUUGAUGUUUUCUAAAAUGGCGACUCAGUAAAAUGAAACUUUUUGAUGCAAAGUCAAAACUCAGACUUAUUUGAUCAGUUUGACUUUAAAAGUCUGAUUUAUGGUCUCAUCAUUGUGACUCUUUUCUCUCCCGGCUGCAGAGGUCGUUCUCACAGAUUUCUUUAAAUCACCUGAGCUGAUGUUUUCAUGAUUGUUUCACUGAGAGAAAAUCAGUCUGUUUAAACGUGUUCAUAUGUAGCUCUCCUCAAGUCAGAGCCACACCUGACCACGCCUCCAUCUGUGAUGUCACAGCAGGCAUCUCACCUGUUUACUGCUGAAACAUUUCACCUGCUGUGAACAGGUUAACCAGUAGGGGGCGCAGUCAGAGCUGCAGACCUGGAGACGCAGCUCAGUCCUGUAAAUACAAACUUUGAUCAUAAAGACAAGAAUCUAGAAUCACUGUGCUGGAAACUCUGAGGAGAAACGUAGAGGAGCUCACCUGAGGUUCAUUAUUCACUCAUUUUAUUACUGACGCAUGUGUUUCCUGUUUGACAUGAGCUUCGGAGGAAACAAAAGGGAAACUGUCCACCAUCAUCAUCAUCAUCAUCAUCAUCUCCUUUGGCCUCAGUUAAAGGACGAUAACGAUGUUUUUACAGUCUGCAGAUUGUUUCUGGAGUUUGUCGGUUCAUCGUUCAUUUUCCAGGCAGCUGCUGAUUUCAGUCUGUUUCUCUGAGAGAUCAGAAACUUCUCUGUCUGUUUUUUAAAUCUGCCCCUGUUCAGAUGUGAGAUUUGAGAGCUUCACUGUUUGAUUGUGUUUCCUCUCCAGCUCUGCAGCCUCUGUUUCCUCUGAGCUUUAUUCUGAAAGGAUGUCAGAGAUGAUGAUAUUCUCAGGAGGGGGAGUCACACUGGAUCUAAAGAUAGAGUAACAGUUUAAACCAAACUGUAUUAAUAUAAUAAUGAUCAGUUUUCCCAUACAGUUACAGAAACCUGAGUCUGUGCAGGUUUUAUUUUGAAACAUUAAACCGAGGUCAGGACAGGAAGCCAUAAACACGAUGUCUGUCUGUUACAUGAAAUGAUGUUGGUGAUGUGACCCUGGUUACCAUAGCAACAGCAGUUGUCCAUCAUCAUCAUCAGGUUUUUUUUUUAAAAGGGAUUAAUGUCUGUGUUUUAUUAAUGUUCUGAUUUAUUCAUCAUGUUAACGUCUGAAUAUGAUCUGUGUUUUUAUAAAAUCUUUAUGUUUCAGAUUCAAACUUUUAUAUAGAAAUAAAGUCACUGAAGAGAAAA